AUGACUUUGCCUUCACUUCGGCCCGAUAAAGUGCAGUCAACAUCAACACAUCUCUUCACUCCGCCACCAACAAGCCCUUACUGCUUCUCAUUUCACAACGACACUACGCCUUCGAUUCUCCAAAGAUAUAAGAACUUUGCAGAUAAUGCAGAUGUUCUUCUUGCGCAAGAGGCAGCUGAAGACCGCCGCCGGCAAGCCAGAACGGAACAGGCCUGGCGGGAAAGCCAGCAGCACUCGUGUGAAGAAGACAACGAGACAACCCCAUGGCUUAAGCAUACGAGGUGGCCAGAGACAUUCAGGAAUCGACCCCUUGACAUCAUCACCGCCUCCGCGAGGCAGCCUUCUCGAGGCCCCUAUCAGGGCAGCGAAGAUUACUUGCUUGGGUAUUGGCGGGGACUGCCACUUUAUAGUCCGGCGGCAGCAGAGGCACAACUACGGCUACUAAUGCGCGCCGUCGACGACGUAUUCGACCGUGCAAAGGCAACACUAGCAUCCACAUCCUAUCGGUCGAGGUGCUGGCUCUCGAGUCAUUGGAAAGACGAGUUUUGGCACCGUCCGCUCCGUAUACUGCCGCCUUCGACCGAACAGAAAUACAAAUCGUACUGGAAGCACUUCAUCUGCUAUGUCUUUCGAGCCCUCGCUCACAAGCCUGUCCUGCGUCGGGAGAUCUAUAAUGUGCCAUUAGAGGGAGAGGAACUGGCUGAAACCAUUACGGAGUCCUCAAGCGAUGAACAAGAUGAGGACGAUCAGGAGAUGAGUGAAGAUGGUAGCGAGAGCUUUCACGAGGCACAUAGUGAUAGUGAAGGUGAAAGUGAAGAAGAUGCCGAAGAGCAAGAAGACGAAGACGACGAAGACGACGACAUACAGGAUGAGAAUGGCGUAUUAGAUCAUGUCUUUCAUCUCCCUACUGGUACUCGCCUCAAACUUUGUGAGGCUCUCUUUCAGCUGUCCAUGAUGUUCUGGAUUUACCAAUGCCCAGCCGGAACCAUGUCAUCAUCAACACUGAUACAUUUCACCGCAGGUAUGGGAGUACACCGUUCUUCUCUUGCGUUUCGCGAUGCAUACAACUCAACACCAAUGCUUGCGGCUGUGAUAUGGAUAGGCCGGCUGAUGUUCCUCGAGUAUAGCCUGCCGUUGUACAACUAUAACACUCUCGUGUGUACCUGGCCCUCUCGUGAUGCCUAUCCGUCUCAGCCAGCGCGCCUGGAGACAAUCAGAGCCAAGUACAUGCUACGAGGUUGUUAUUCACCGCUUAGCGAACUUAUCGAGCUCAAGGCAAUGGGAAGGAGUAUUGUCAAGCGCGAAGGAGUACCAGGUAAUCUUACAUGGGCUCCAGAUGGUCACUCUUUCACGAUCGGCAACGCCAAGGUGGUGCGGUUAUCUGAAUUCUGCACCACCUAUCAAGCUGCUAUCAGUAAUGUACAAGAGCGAGUAGCGGAGAUGAUGCUAGGGUGGCAACCAGAAGUGGACCUGUCCCAGGUUCGGGAUGAUUUAACGUGUCGUUUACCAGGGUGGUGCUUUCUCGACAAGCCCGAGAAUAACCUCGGGAAUAUAUACAAAGCAAUGGCACGCCGUGCAUGGUCAUCAACCUUUCGUGGCCAGGCGCUUGCCAGAGCCGGCCACUGGCUGCCAGGACCGUGUUUAGCAUACCUAGAAGCUGGUACAAAACUAGGCACUAUGGCAUUUACAAGCAUCCAUAUCACACCAACACUGCCCAACCGCGGUACAGAGGCAACGAGUAUUCGGUUACGAAACACAAAGCUAACAAUAAGAAACAUAUUUAUCCGCGAGGGACAACUUCUCAUAAUUGUCAGCUAUAAUAAGUCCCGUGCGUCAAAUAAUCACGCCUUUUAUGUUGUACGCUACCUGCGGGACGACCUUGCCUCUGCCCUAUUUCUCUACAUUGCCUAUAUACAGCCGUUUCUUGACUUUUUGGCAAAUCAGCUACAGCUACCACAAUAUCACAGCAAUGAGUUCCUCUUCCCGGAUCCAAAGCACAAGAAGAAACAUCUAAGUUCAAUGCAGGCGACAGAAGCCCUUAGGUCGCUAACCCGACACCUACAGACGCCAUGGACAUUAUCGUUAUAUCGACAAGCAGCGAUCGCUAUUGCUAAGAGGUACAUAAGUGAGCUUAUUAGAGAAAGAAACUUUUAUUAUCCAUCCGAAGCGAGCACACCAAUCCGUAUGAUUGCUGCAGGUGUCGGCCACCAUCCUCGGAUGCUACUUACGUCAUAUGCUAUUGAUAGAGCCUUGCCACCACGACUACAGCCAGAGCUUCUUGAGAUGUACCGGCGAUUAUCGGCGCUUUGGCAAGCUUGGAAUCGAGAGUAUUAUAUGCAACACUGCGUCGAGGGAUCUAGUGGCUCAAGGAAUGCAAGCGCGAAGCUAGCCAUGGAAGAUCUAGGGCUUACAAUAACAUCUACAACUCAGCGUACAAGCGCUCAAAAAAGGCGUCAGUCCGAAGACCCCAGCACCGACCAUGCUCAGAGACGGAAAAAAAUCCUUUCGAAUGGGGGGACCAAGGGUGAUGUUACGGCGGCAGGAGCUAUUAAAGAGGGGUUCCCUAAUGGAUUUAUAUACAAUGCGGAGUAUCGAAUUCUUAUCUGCGUUGCCUGCGAGUCCAUGGUGUUUCCUGGCAAGCCAUCUUUUUAUACACAUCUAAAUCGCCAUCGAAUAUUAGGCUCUCUGUGCAAGGCUUAUAUAGAGUGGUUUGGCCGCCUUCAGCUUGCGCCUCCGAAAGAGCUUUCUAGGCCAAAGAAGACAAUCCCUGCCAUCCCGCACCUAAAGAUAUACAGAUCAUUCCGGUGCAACAUCUAUCGCCACUACACAACCCGAUGGGAGCUAAGCCGGGACCACAUAGUUCAGCACAAACUUGGUAUCUCUCCAAGGCAAGCUACUGGUGAUGAUCCGGAUCGCAGUACCGGGCCGUCACAGCCGGUUCUACAUACGGGAGCCCCGCCCUCGGCAGCGGAGGAAACACUCUUCGAUAGACUGAAGAACGACGUACAGGAAGCGGCGCGCGAUGUGGAGGACAAUGGGGCGGUUGUUGAGGAUUGCGGCCGCGGCCGAGCGGACCGGGAGCCGUGGCUACUCCACACGGGUUUCCCUACCCACCUUCGGGGGCUCACGAACACGGAGAUCUGGUCGUCAUUUAAGUUGCCGAAACAUAGAGAUACUCUGUUCCAGAGCAAGCAAGACAAAGACAAUGCCAACCGUCGCGAGAAUAGCAAUAACAAUAACAACAAUGAGGCAGGAGAGGAGGACGAGGAGGACGAGGAGGAUGAUGAUGAUGAUGAUGAUGAUCUUAGACGCAUACUGGCCGCAGCCGACGCCCUUUUUAGAAGUGCCUAUGCCCUAGUGUCGGAUCGGUCACCAAAUCGCAAAGUAACGCAGCAGCGUGCACAAACCCUCAGCGACUUCGCAUGGGGCGCGGGCAAAAAGGGCAGGGAUACGGCAUUUCGAAGGUUCAAGAACCCUUCUUCCCUGGCAGAGUACUUCAGGACGAUGAAGCAGCUCCUGACGUACUACUACAGGGUGGUGUAUUGCGACAACGGGCAUUUCAGUCGGCCUCAAGAGAUUAGCGGGCUAGGCGUGGCUGGUGAAGAAAAGCGUUCAUAUGGAGAUGAGACCGAGGCAGUAACAGUGCCGCAAGAUGCUAUCAUCCCAACAGAUGAACAGCAGCAGGCGAUGGAAGAGAUGUUUAGCGCGUUGAGGGAAGAGGACGACCAGCGGAGGAGACGGCCGGGCCAGGCCUACCAGGACACGACCGAGCAACGGGACGAGGAUGGGGAGUUAAAACAACAAGGUGAUGUUGUUAAGACGUGCGACUCUUAUUUGAACUCGAGAUUAGCAUGUGCAAUUCGCAGGUUUUAUAUUGGGCUGAUCUUCCACGAGGUAGGGAGUGAGCCCUUCCGGUCGCCAGUACUUAGCUUCUGCGCCAUGCUCAGCCGCGCGAAGCUUAAAGACAAGAGUUACUACGAAAGGCGGAGGCGGAAGAAGAGUGAGAACAGGGGCAAGAGUCGGGACCAGGGCAAGAGCUGGCGCAACGUUAUGACCGAAGAGGGGCAUGGGGAUAUCGUGCCGAAGCGGGAGGAGGAGAGGUUCGGUGCUUGGGUUAAGCCCGGAAGCUACACCAGCAACUUGUCUAAGCUUGUGUGGGGUGCGCAGCUCAUGAUAUUUGAGAGCACAUGCUUCUACAAAAGGCAUCAGGCUGAGGAAAUCCCCGACACGCUAGAAAGGAUUUGCAGGAAGUUCAUGCACCAGAGGCAGGAAACGGCGUUUGGCCACAUCCUACAAUGGCGGCUGUACCUCGGAACCGUGGCCCAGGGAGCCAUCUCUAGCGACCAGGCGCGCUGGUCACUAGAUGGCCAGGAGAUUGAGUUCAGAGGCACGAAACUUCACAUAAAGCAUGUGCCGCAGCUCGUGGUAUCGGAGUACGGACGGGCUCGUACUCUUCUGCACGACAAGCUGCUGUUUGGCGCGCGGGACAUCCCGCUGGUUAAGGCCUGCAUGCUUCACGACGAUCUAGAUGCAGAGGACUACGGAGGUUCAUGGGUAACGGACGAAAGAAAUGCUGAGUACCUUCGCGGGACGCAUGACGCCUUGCUCCGGCAGAUCGAGCAGAGGGCAGACUUACGACGGGCAUUUGUGCGCGAUAACGGAGAUAGUACGGGAUGUAAAGCCCUAUGUCGGCAAGCAAUGGCUGUUUAUGAGUAUGAGGUGCAAGAAUUCCUCAAAUCAAUGGUCACUCUAUUACAUGUUCCGCCAGCACCGCCGGUAAGAGCACCGGAGCUGCUGAGCAUAACAUGCGUAAACGGGGGUGGGCGGCGCCGCAGUAUGCUUAUCUGGGAGAAGAUGCUCAUGUUGCACUUGCGCUACCACAAGAGCCAGGAGCAGACGGGAAAAGAGACAGACAACAUCCGUUUUGUGCCGUCCUAUAUCGCGGACCUGCUAGUCACGUUCCUAGCGGUUGUGCAGCCGCUGCGGCAGACAUUUCUUCGACAGAUCCGCCCCCGAGCCCUCCUAUCGCCGUACCUGUGGUCAACGCUGAAUGGCGAUGUCUGGCGCGAUGAUCUUGUUUCAAAGUACCUUAGCCAAGCAUGCAUGCGUGCCCAGGUGCCCGAAUUCAAGGUCUCGUGGUGGCGACAAGCAGCCGCCUCCAUCACGAAGCAGAAAUUCACGCCUAAAGAGCGGGCAAACUUCAACAUGGAGGAUAUCGAAGCGCCAGAGAUGGUUGACGAGGAGGAGCUGUUGGUGGACCUAGCUGUGGCCAGCAACCAUGCGUUCAAGACCUUCAACCAAAUGUAUGCAGGGUCGACCACACUCGUCAUGAAUACGCCGCUACAUCGCGCCUACCGAGCAUCACAGAGCUGGCGCACGCUCUUCCAGAUCGACCAUCAGCUGUCAGCGGAGGAGGCAGCCCUUGAUGGAGGAAAGCGCCGACGGCUGGCCGGGCAGUCGGACGAGGCAGAUAUGCUGCAGCUGUGCAAGCGCACCAAGCUGCGUACGAGGCCGCUAGGAAGGGCCAAAGACCUAGAGGCGGUCGCACGCAGACUCUACAAUGAUCCCACGUUGUGCUUUAGACAGCCUGGACAACGCGACGCUAUGUUGGCGGCCAUGGGACCUCGUGCCGAGGAGCAGGUUAUUGUUGUGCUUGGCACGGGUUCGGGGAAGACGUUAAUCGUCAUGGUCGCCGCAGCGUUAGAGGGAGCCGGCACGACGAUUAUAGUGCUUCCUGCCGUUGCCCUGAGGUGCGACAUGCUUGAUCGGUUGAGGAGAGUCGGUAUUAAAACCCUCGUUUGGGAGCCAGGACAGUUGAAAGCAGCACCGCUUGUGGUCGUGUCAGCUGAGGCAGCAUGUACAGAGACCUUUGUGGGCUACGCCCAUCGCCUUGAGUCUCGACAGCGACUGGACCGGAUUGUGAUCGACGAGUGCCACCUCACUAUAACUGCAACUUUCCGCAGGAGUAUGAGGCAACUUAGUUCGUACGUGCGGCGGGUUAGGACCCAGACGGUAUGGCUCACCGCAACGCUGCCGCCGGACUUUGAAGCAAGUUUCAUACAGCACAACCGCCUAUUGCAACCUCGUAUAGUCCGGGAAUCAACAAACCGGCCGAACAUCCAGUAUUCUAUACAGCGCAUCAAGGGCCCGGGGGGGUUGUGUGCGCAUGCGGUCCAGCUUGCACGCAUGCUAGCGGGCAUGGUCCUGGAGGGUGUAGACGUUGAUGGCAGCGUGUUGGCUGGUGGCAGGAAAGCCAGGAUCAUCGUGUAUUGCCAAACACUGGAUCUUAUGGAGGAGAUAGCGAGCGAGUUAGGAUGCCCGAUGUACACAGGCGACGAUGAGAGCAUGAGUGAGGAGGAUAGAGAGGCCGCUCUUGAAGCGUGGAUGAGCCCAGAGGGCCCGCCGGUCAUCGUAGCAACAUCCGCGCUGGGCGUUGGGCUUAACUACCUCUACGUGCGCUGGGUGGUUCAUGCCGGAGCGCCACGUCGUAUUACGGACUUCUCGCAGGAAUCGGGUCGGGCCGGCCGAGAUCAAGAGAAAGCUAGGUCUAUUCUUCUAUUGAGCGCGGCGUGGCAGCCGCGAGCCGCUGGCCAGGAGCCCAAGACCGCAGACGAGGAGGCAAUGCAGCUGUACUUAACCCAGAAACACUGCUCGCGCGCAGUCCUCAGUCAGUUCUUAGACCAGAGAUCUGAUUGGAGGUGGUGCAUGGAAGGUGAAGACGAACUAUGUGAGGUCUGUCCCAAGGCUCACACCGAACAGCGGCCGCCUAGCCUAGAGCUCCGCCUGCCAGUCCCGGACACAGCUGUUAAGGAUGAACAGGACGGCGCAUCUGAGGGAGAAGGUGGAGAUGAUACAACAGCCAGGGAACCUAAAGAGAUGGUGUACACCGGCCCUGGCGAGGUGCUCCGUCAGGCAAUGCUCGAGGACGAAGUCGUAAGACGGUUAGAGACGGAUUCGGAGAUAAUGCGCCAAUGCUGCCUGAUCUGCCGAGUGCAAGGAGGCAGACCGUUUGAUCACAGCGCAGCAACAUGCGGCAGGCGUUGGCCAUGGAUUAACGCAAAGUCUAAGACUCUACAGUCGUGCAAGAGAAGGGGUAAGCCUUGGAUGGCAAAAUUCUCAGCAUGUUUCAUGUGCUAUCUGCCCCAGACGAUAUGCCCUAGGGCUGACUCCGAAGCUAAGGAAGCGAACAAUGAUGAGAAGAGCAUGAUGGCGUGCAAGUACCGUGACAUGGUUAUGCCGCUGUGCUAUGCAGCUUUUUUCCAAAUGUGGUCACGGGCGCUAAUAAAGAGCAAGUUUCCACGAACCUUUCGCAACAUCGACGAUUACAUGUUAUGGCUUGGGACAUCAGCUACUCUUGGCGGUAAUCCAUGUGUGCAGGCCGUUUGUGUUGCAGCAGCCCUUCUGGCCGAGCUAAGAUAG